AUGGCGGAUUCGGAAGAGAAAGACAGGUAAGUUUUGAAUUGAUUUUCUAUUUCUAUUCAGAGUUUUUACUUUGCAAUUCUGACUAAAAAGAAAGCUACACAUCGGAACUUUAUCUCUUCGUACUAUUUAAAUCGACAACGUUUGGAAUUCUAUCAAAAAUAUCAUGUCAUUUCAAACCCUUUUAUUUUGCCCGAUUUCAAAGGUGUCUUUAAAUUUGCAUAUAGCAGGUUAACUGUGCAUGAACCAGGUUCGAGUUUCUACUUUAUGUGAUCUACGAUAAUUAUUCGUGUCCUUUAUAUGAUCGCGCCCUCUAGCGCCCCUUGAAUUUGUACCUUUUGGGGACAUUCAUUUCAUGCUAUUUUCUGUGCUGAUUUUAGGUCUUCCUGCGAAGAUCUGUCAAGUUCUACUGCCAUGUUGGGAAAGCGGUCAUGCAUUCCAGAGGGGAAUACGCCUGGGAAAAAAAAGACAAAGAGAAAGAGAAACGGGAAAGGCAACACAGUUAAAAAGUCAUUGUUUGAUAAUAACAUGAUUCAGGGAGAUGGCCAAAAAUUUGUCAAUGGUACUGUUUGGGUGACUGCAGAAUUGGCUGCAUUGGUUCAGCACAUAUGCUUGUAUUGGGAUGAUGCACACACUGAUAAAUGGCCAAAAACAAAAAACAUGAAAUUUUGGAAUGAAUGUGCGGUAUCUGUCAAUAAAAUGUGUAGUACUUCUCGAACAG